AUCAGUUGAAAUGAAUAGUUUUAGAUUUGCGGUAAUAGUUAGCAUAUUAGGAAGCAAACUUACGUUUGCUUGUGAGCCAACUGUGACAACAGUGAGUGGAACAAUAGCACCCCAACAUUUCUGUUCGGGUGAUUUGAUAUUUGAAGAAACAUUUGAUUCUCUAAAUUUAUCUAAAUGGCGACAUGAAGUUACAUUGGCCGGUGGGGGCAACUGGGAAUUUCAGUGGUACGUCACCGAUGACAUAAACUCGUACACUCAGGAAGGAAACCUUCACAUCGUACCAACCUUUACUUCAGCCAUAUUCGGGCACAAGUUCCUAUAUAGUGCCCAUGUUGUUAUACCACCAGAUGAGUGCACCAUCGAUUGGCACUACGGCUGUGAGAGACAGGGAACGCGACAGAAUAUCAUAAAUCCGAUUAGAAGUGCUCGAGUGGAUACAAUGAAUUCAUUUUCAUUCAAAUACGGAUCCGUAGAAAUUCGUGCAAAGAUGCCGGAAGGUGACUGGUUAUGGCCGGCACUGUGGAUGAUGCCCACGGAGAGUGUUUACGGUGACUGGCCAGUUUCUGGUGAAAUUGAUAUUAUGGAAAUGAGAGGAAAUAAAGCAUUGUAUGCUGAUGGUGGACAUGUUGGUAAUCAGCAAUGUUCGAGUACGGUUCACUUUGGACCGUCUGAUCGUGUGAAGAAUGAGUGGCCACUAGCACAUUUUGCGAGGAACCAAAAUCAACCAUUCAGUGACAACUUUCACACAUACAAACUCACAUGGACUCCAGAAGGACUGGCAUUUUCGGUCGAUGAUAUUGUGACCGGAAAGAUUAACCCGGAAAAUGGAUUUUGGUAUUAUGGAGGUUUUGAAUCUAGUGGACUGCAAAAUCCCUGGCAAAAUGCAACGCUGCUAGCUCCAUUUGACCAAGAAUUUCAUAUUAUUCUGAAUUUGGCUAUCGGCGGCACUAAUUUCUUUGCUGACUCAUUUGUAAACGUACCAUUUCCAAAGCCAUGGUUGAAUACUUCUCCACGUCCUAGAGCUGAUUUUUGGGAAAACAGAAGGUUUUGGGAUCCAACAUGGGAUAGAGAUAGUUCAGACCAGUCCCACCUUCAAGUUGAUUAUGUUCGAGUUUGGGCAUUGUAGAAACGAAAUUAGAUUGAAUAUUGCAGA